CGUGUGUGUGUGAGUGAGUGAGUGAGUGAGUUCGGUGACAUCAACAAGACACGCAGAUCCGUGUUCUCUGGGGGGAUUGACAUUAACUCACACAUAAUCAAGACCUUUGGGACAUCGCACAGCUCUUUUAGACAGCAGAAGGGAAGAGCGCGCUGCUGCUCAGGGAUCUGGUGUAUAUUUACAGCAGUUUUCCAGCAGGUGUUACUGAAGGAUCUAUCACUGACUAUCAGCAGGGUUCAUGAAACUUUGCUACGAUUUGCGAGCUGGGGCUGCCAUACACAAUGUUAAGGUAAAGCCUAAAGCAGCUGUGUUGAACAUGCUAAAGCGGCUGGACAAAAUAAGAUUCCGUGGUCCAAAGCGAGAUGACUUCCUGGAUCUACCCGAGUCCCCCACGGGGUCGGACACUGAAUGUAGUGAUGACAUACUGCUCAGACCUCGACCUUCAAUACGAGACAAUGACGAGCAAAGAGACCCUGCUGGUUUGGGGACUUUGUCUGUCAUGCAAGACCUGAGGAGCGAAUCGGAACGUCUCAAUGAGGUCAAGGGUCAUUUGGAAAUUGCCUUACUGGAGAAACACUUCCUACAGGAGGAACUGCGGAAGCUACGAGAAGAAACCAAUGUGGAGACCCUAAAGCAGGAGCUAGAGAGAGAACGCAGCAGAAGACUUGACCUGGAACAGAAGAUGAGUGAUGUGCUGAAGACCAGGUGUGAAGAUUCUCCACCUCAGCCUCCACGGAAACAGCAGCCACCUGCAGCUAACGGCACAGACAAACAGCAGAAGGAGACGGUGUGUUCGCGGCUGCAGAGCUGGCUCUAUGAUCGUUUUGGGGUUUAUAUAGAGGAUUUUCGCUUCCAGCCAGAGGAGAACACGGUUGAGGCUGAGGAGCCACUAAGUGCUAAAAGAUUAACAGAAAAUAUGCGACGACUUAAACGGGGUGCCAGACCGGUGACAAAUUUCUUACGGAAUCUUUCCGCCUUAUCCAACUGGCACUCAGUAUAUACAUCAGCGAUUGCCUUCAUUAUUUAUAUGAAUGCAGCAUGGCAUGGGUGGGCUAUACCUUUGUUUCUAUUCUUAGCCAUUCUGAGGUUGUCAUUGAACUACCUUAUAGCCAGAGGAUGGAGAAUUCAGUGGAGUAUUGUGCCUGAAGUUUCUGAACCUGUGGAACCUGCAAAAGAAGAUCUAACUGUGUCUGAAAAGUUUCAAUUAGUUCUUGAUGUUGCACAAAAAGCACAGAAUCUUUUUGGUAAGAUGGCAGAUGUUUUGGAGAAGAUCAAAAAUUUGUUCAUGUGGGUUCAGCCUGAGAUCACUCAGAAACUGUACAUCGCUCUGUGGGUGGCCUUCAUCUCCUCUUGCGUCCUGCCCUACAAGCUGAUGGGCUUCAUGAUCGGGCUUUACGCGGGCAUCAAGUUCUUUAUUAUAGACUUCCUGUUUAAGAGCUGCCCAAAACUCAGAGACAAAUACGACACUCCGUACAUCAUGUGGAACAACCUGCCCACCGACCCUCAGCUGAAAGAACGCAGCAAUGCCACUGUGUCACGACGGCUGUCUGGGUGUGAGAAGAUCCAGCCGGUGGUAUCACGAAGUAGUUUAGCCACCAUCCCGGCCGGAGUGACCCGAGAAGAAGAGAGUGGCCGUUCACACAGCACAAAGAAAGGAGCAUUCCAUGAGAUCUUCAACCUACCUGAGAUUGAGAGACCUCUGCCUGUAUGUGAGAAUGGAUGGAGAUGCUGUCUUAUAAACAGAGACAGGAAGAUGCCAACUGACUACAUUCGCAAUGGGAUGCUCUACGUCACUGAGAACUACCUGUGUUUUGAGAGCUCCAGCUCAAGAUCAGGGUCUUCAAAGAAGAACAAAGUCAUCAAACUGGUGGACAUCACAGAUAUCCAGAAGUACAAAGUUUUAUCAGUUCUGCCUGGGUCUGGAAUGGGCAUUUCUGUUGCCACCCCGUCAACACAGAAGCCACUGGUCUUUGGUGCCAUGAUACACAGAGACGAGGCCUUUGAGACGAUCUUUACCCAGUACAUGAAGAUCAUGACCACAGCCAACCCUGAGACGUAACUCACCCUUUAUCCUUCUGGAAGAUAUCUCAUUUGGAAAAAGACGAGACCAGUGUUUCCUGUCUGGUUAACUGUAAUGGACCGUAAUUUGGAGGAAUGUGGGCAUCUGAUGAGACUAGCAGGAGAUUCAGCGAGCUGACAUUCCAGCGGGGGCUCUGCAUCUCAAAGACUUUUCCAAAAAACCUGAGGGAUGCGGGCGGCUUCUCGUCAUGCGACUGUGACCUUUUUGGCUUUUUAAAGAUGAGCACACUGAUCGGUGUACAGACUUUUGUUUUGUACUCGUCUCUCAGUGAUUCAGAUGAAUCUGAAGCCAAUCACACAGGAUGGUCUUUAACACUUUAAACACUGCAAGAAAAAUCAGCGUUAAUCAGUAUUUUUGUUCAAAAGAAAAUUGACCACAAUUUGUUAAUUUGUUAGGUAAAACAAAUUCAAAUCUUAAUUUAAGAUAUAUUUCUCUGAAACAAAGUAUUACGCUUCUCAAUUACAUUUAGCUUCAAACAAAAUGUUCAUGUUUUAUACUGGAAAACAAGACAAAAAUACUGAUUAAUAUAAAAUGCAAUUUUGCAGUAAUUGCAUUAUAAGGUGUGUUCACACUUGUAGUGUUUUGCAGCAACAAAUUUACAGGAAAUGUAUUCAUUUUUAAUCAGAGUUUGAGCAAUUUGAGGCAACAUAAAGGUAUAGUUCAUAUCUUGUGCACUAUACCUUCGCAGCCCUCAAAUUUAAUAAAAAAAAAACAGUUUUUAUUCAGGUCGGUUAUAAAGUUUGUUAGAAACUUUGUGUACUUUGUCGUUUUGCAAACUUUCAUUGAAAAUGAAUGCAAAUGAACUUUGUCACUGCAAAUCACUAUCAGUGCAAAUGACCUUUAAGACUGAUAAACAAAGCCUUGUUUUUCUUUUCUUGUUUUUUUUAAACAUUUGUUUACAUUGUUGCUGUGUGCGCAAAAUGCACACACAGACUCACUUAAAUCUCACCUUUCAGCAAAGUGUGCUUCAUGUGUUUUUAGCAGAAUAUCCUCUCAAAUUUAACUUUGGGAAAGUGUAGUUUCAAGCGGUUUAAAAUGCCUUUCUUUUAAAUUGUAAUGUCAUAAUGUCGUAGCAGUCAGCAGAAUCAUUGCUCAUGUAUUGAUUCACUUACAUUUGAAAACACUAGAUAUGAAGGGUGUCAAACUCAGAAACCAACAUUUGGUUGCACUUUAUUUUGCAGUAGUAUACUUAAAGUGUACUGUAACUGUGUACUUAAACAAGAAAGUACUGAAUAGUGUAAGGUACCUACUUGGGCUUAAAUUUAGGUCUAGGGUUAGUACCUUGUUAAUUAUAAUAAGUACAUAGUACAUACAUGAAGAACAGGACUGUUGAGUAAAGUGCUACUGAAGAUUUUUACCAAGUAUUUCAUGUAUGUCUGUCUUAAAGAUGAACUCUAGUUACUUGUAAACGUUUUGUCACUUUAAACUGUUACUAAAUGAAGUUAAAUUCAGUACAAAAAAAUCUUAGAACAUCUUCUAUUCACAUAACGUGUUCACAAAGCGACUCUGAACUCAUCUUGAUGACAAUCUUUACGCUCUUCAGAAAAAUCUUUAGGUGAAUCUCACAGAGAAAUAUCCAAAUCAUAUUUUACCCCAAAAUCAAAAGAAUGCUAAGUAAUGACAAUGAAUCUCUCUCUCUCUCUCUCUCUCUCUCUCUCUCUUUCUCUCUAUAUAUAUAGGAAAACAUCCUGGCACAAGACAGCAGCCCAUCUCCGUAUUGGAUGUAGUGGUAAAUUCAAUAAAAUGGCAAUAGCCUGCAAUGCUGCGAUUUACCACACUGUAAAAAAAAAAAAGUUGAGAAUUAUUUUUAUGGGAGAUUCUCAAUUUUCUGUUGUAUAAACUUAAAACUACAAGUUGAGAAAACUCAAAAAUCCGCUGAAGCUGGUUGCCUUAAAAUUUUAAGUUGGCUCAACUUUUUUUUUUUUUUUUUUUUUACAGUGCAUAAUCUCCAUCUUGGAAUAUGAGAAAUCUAAAUGAAUCAAUUUUACAAUUGUAUUUAUAGUGGGCCACCCUUUUUUGUUUGUCUACACUAAACGAAAACGCUUGCACAGAUACACUAUAACAUUAAGAAUUAAUUUAAAUGAGUAGCUGAAAAUUAAUGUUCAGGGCCACAUUUGUAUCUAAGACAUUCCAAAGAUCACCAUUUUAUGAGAAAAUGCUGUUCAUACUUUGUCUUCCCAUACAUCUGUUAGUUUACUCACACACACAUGAGGGACUGUUGAAUGUUGCUCAGCUCCCAAAGAUGAGUCAGUGUAUUUUACCAAAGGCCCUUUAGAGCUUUUGGAAGUCUCCCGCACGCUGGCUGUUGUGUUGGAUUGCACUAAUGAAGCACAGAAUGAAUCGGGUAACUAAUAGUUUUGCCAAAUGUUGUUUCUUUAACUGCUCUUCUUUAACAUUGUCUGUCUCAAACUGAUGUUUACACAGGCUGGGUCUAAAUACAGUCCAGACCAGUUUGAUCCCUGCUCACCAGCCCAGCCCAGGGGUGUGAAAACUGGAAUAAUAUCAUUUCUGGGUUUUUUUUUUUUGGUUUUUUUUCAUCUUAUGGUUUAGGGUACAAAUGCUUUUAGAAAGUGUAUCAGCACUAAGAAAUUAAUUACAAAUACAUUAAUACAGUUCACGAGUGAACAUUGCCAAGUCAUAUUUCAUUCAAAUGUAAAAAAAAAAAAAAAAAAAAAAAAAAAUAGAAAUUAUAUUUUGUAGAUUUCCCAAAAUUCUUUGUUCAAAAAUCUCAAUUGCUAUCCAGUAAAGAUAUUGAAUUAUCUAUACAUUAUGGUUAUAUUGUACUGCCUUAAAUUUAUGCUGAUUUUAAAUUUAAUUUGUAGUUUUUUGGAUAAAUGUUGAUGACUAAAAUUAGAGUAAAAAGUUGUGAGAAUAUAUAUGCGAAUUAUAUAUAUUUUUUUCUUUUCAUUUAGUGGUGGAAUAUGACACAGACUUGUUCACGAGGUUCACACACAAUAUACAUUUUAAAUACAACAAAGUUACAGUAAAACGCUGUGUUGGGCUGUUUAACUAGCGUCAAAAGUCAUUGUGUAUCUGGAGGUGCUCAAGUUGGCACUAGUUGAUAAAGUAUUUGUUAACUGUGUAAAUGUUUGCUAUUUUCAUAAUAUUUUCGCUGCAAAAUAACAUUUACAGAGUUCAUCUGACAGAUGUGAAUUAUUGUUAUUAUUUGUUGACUGUUUUUUUCUGACUGUCCGAAGACAAAUGAUUAAAAAAGGAAUUUAUAUACAAAAGUAGAGUAAUAUAAGAAAAGUUCUGUUCUGAUUUGAAUAGAAUAAUGUAUAUUGUUAAAUCAUAAUGUGUUGUACACUUUUUUUAAUUUAAGUAAAUUAAUGAAUUAUA